GCAUCACAAACUAAACAUAAACCAUAACACAAAAAAAAACAUGAAAAUCCUCUCACUUUCACUCCUCUUGCUCUUGGCCGCUACGGUCUCCCACGCCCGGUCUUCGGCAUCCGUUCCAGGGCUCAUCGAACUUCUCGAAUCGAACACCAUCUUUGGGGACGAAGUCGAACUCUUAGAGAAAGAGGGACUUACCAUCAACUACCACAACUGCAGAAGCUGGCACCUUGGUGUUGAGACCUCUAACAUCAUAGACUUCGACACUGUGCCCGCAAAUUGCAAAGACUAUGUUGAAGACUACUUGAUCACUUCCAAACAAUAUCAAUCUGACUCCAAAACGGUGUGCAAAGAGGCUUAUUUCUACGCCAAAGGACUUGCCCUAAAGAACGAUACCGUCAAUGUUUGGAUCUUUGACCUAGACGACACUCUCCUCUCUAGUAUCCCCUACUACGCCAAAUAUGGAUACGGGACACAGAACACAGCCCCGGGGGCGUACUGGUCGUGGUUAAGGUCCGGAGAAUCAACUCCAGGACUCCCGGAGACUUUGCAUCUAUACACAAACCUCUUAGAACUCGGGAUUGAACCCAUCAUAAUCUCUGACCGAUGGGAGAGGUUGUCAGAAGUCACUCUCGAGAAUCUCAAGGCUGCUGGUGUGACAAAAUGGAAGCAUCUCAUAUUCAAGCCAAACCAUUCGAAAUUGCCGGAAGUGGUGUACAAGUCAGCGGUGAGGAAGAGCCUGGUGAAGAAAGGAUACAACAUCGUUGGGAAUAUUGGAGACCAAUGGGCUGAUUUGGUUGAGGAUACUCCUGGAAGGGUCUUCAAGCUCCCAAAUCCACUCUACUACGUACCUUCUUAAGCAUCUAUCAUCAUGUCUUUGUCCCCUUGUAUCCACUUCAUAUCUAUGUCUUUCCGUUUAUGUUUGUAGCCGUUUAGGCACGGCUGCAUAAAUAAAAUGUCUAUCCUAUC